AUUGUGAACGUUGACUAUGCAGAGCAACUGGAGGAGGCGACUUCCAUACCGGAUGCAAAUAUAAAACCCGAGAACCUUGAGAUCAUCAAAGCCCUGUCAGAUCGUCAAAUCAAAACGCAGAAUCCCUGGUCCGCAGACUUCAUCAAGGAUAAAGGCGAAGGCGUUGUGGUUCUACUUCACGGGCCCCCUGGAGUCGGGAAGACCUAUACCGUUGGUACGAAGGAAGAAUUAAUCGAAACUCAACUUACCAGUUGGUUUGCACUUGCUCAAAGAUGGCGAGCAAUUCUACUCCUCGACGAGGCCGACAUUUUUCUCGAACGUCGAGAACACAAGGAUAUUGCCCGGAAUGGAAUAGUUUCUGCUUUCCUCCGAAAGAUGGAAUUCUUCAAAGGCUUGCUUUUCCUGACCACCAAUCGGGUUGGCCAUAUCGAUGAAGCAUUUAUCUCCCGGGUUCACGUCAUCAUUGGCUUCGAAAAGCUUGACCCGGAAAAGCGAAAGAAGAUCUGGAGGAACUUUAUCGACAAGCUGCGCGUGGAACAGAGAGGCAAGAUUCGUGUCACCCCGGCCUGCGUUCAAUUUCUCAUGGGGGAUGAGAUGAGCGCGAUGGACUGGAAUGGGCGUGAGAUUCGGAACGCCCUCCAGACUGCCAUCGCGUUGGCUGAAUACGAUGUGCGUGGGAGCGAUGACUGCCCCGAGGGGUGUGAGAUCACCGUUGAGAGCGAUCAUUUCAAGAAGGUGAUGGAAAUGAACCGCUCGUUCCGCAACUAUAUGAACAGCAUUAGGAAAGAUACUGAAGAGAAACGCGCAAAGUUCUAUUAUGGGCGCAAUGACUCUUUUACCCAGGAUGGUGCUGCAACUGCAACUGCCCCUUCUGGUACAUGA